AUGAUCAAGUCGACGUUCCUGAUCUACUACCGAGUUGGAAAGUCCGAGAAUGCUUUACAACCAGGAUUCUGGCAGCUCAACAAACUCAAAUAUUUGAAUCUGCACAACUGCAAGAUCAAGUUCUUUGAUCAUGACUCGGCUGGUUGUGUAUUUUGUAUUCUUCCCGAGUCAGGUAAAGGUGCUAUCUAUUUUGCUGCUGAUACUGAAAAGGAUCGGGCCAAGUUUGCCGCUCAGGUUGCUGCAGUACAACAACGUAUGCCAUCUUUAAACGAGUUUACAACCCAUAAAUUACUUGGUCGUGGUCACUAUGGACGUGUGAUUUUGGCGUCGUUUGCUGCGGAUCAACAAUUAUAUGCCAUCAAAGAGAUGAAACUUGGUCAGGUGAAGGCCAAGGUGGUAUUUGCCGAGCGAGCUGUAAUGGAGUGGACUGGAAAUCACCCGUUUGUCAUGGGGUUGGACUAUGCGUUAGUACGAGGUCGCUCUGUAUUUCUCAUUUCAAAGUUUAUGCAGGGUGGUGAUCUCUUUGUGCACAUGCAAAAGUGCGGUGGUAGUUUUCAUGAUGAUGUCGUCCGCUUCUACGCCACUGAGUUGUUGUUGGCACUUGAACACAUGCACAAAAUGUGUAUCAUGCACCGUGACAUUAAACCUGAGAAUGUUUUGUUGGAUAGCGACGGCCACAUUAAGUUAGCAGACAUGGGUUUGGCAAAGCGAUUGGAAUCACGGGAAGGACGUACUAAAACCAUGUGUGGUACGGACACGUACUUGCCACCGGAAAUGGCUGGUCGCUAUUCUGGUGGUCAUGGUCUAGCUGUUGAUUUGUGGCAGUUUGGCUGCAUCCUUUUCGAGAUGCAUGCAGGGUACCCGCCGUUCUUUUUGCCCCAGUCCAGCCAGGAGAGCACACAUCAGCGAAUAUUAUACGAUCCGGUACGCUAUCCGAAAACUAUAUCGCCCGAGCUCAAGAGUUUGCUGGUAUCACUACUUGAAAAGCGUCAAGAAGACCGACUGGGCUACUAUGGUGGAAUUGCCGACAUUAAGGCUCACAAGUUUUUCACUGGUGUCGACUGGGACCAAGUCUUGAAGCGCCAAGUCAAACCACCACUUGUGCCGGGUCCUCCCGGUGAGGAGUUGGUAGGCAACUUUGAUCCGCAAUUCACACAGCAGCCACACUCAAUCUACGCACCAGAUGAGAUUGCGAGUUGUUUUGAACGUGUAUUUGCUGGCUUUGACUACGUUCGGCCAUUGAAUUCAAGCAGGUCGAUGAUCUCAAACAUAUGUAAUCGAUUGGCAAUAUCACCAACUUCAUUCAGCCGUGCCAGCACCAGUAAGGACUUGAGUGAGAAUAUUGAAGCCAUUCCGGCCGAGCUGAUAGUCGACUCGGUCAAAACCAAGAUGUGA